AUGGCGUCAAGAUUCGGAUUGAGUGGAUUUCCGUUGAGUGAGUGGAAUCUUAACCCGUCGGGCUUUUCUUUGAUUGUGCGUAUUGCGUCGUGCAUUUGUGCUAGAUUUAUUCUUUCGGACGAUGGAGGAUAUUUUCCGGAACAAGAAGAAGGAAGUUUAGACUCUAGAUUCCAACUUCCAAGGAAUGAAAAUGUUUCAGUAGGCUUAGAAGAUAAAAAGCAGGUACUGGAAAGUUAUCAUUUGUAA